AUGAGGAUAGUCGUUCUAGUAUUUAUGAUGAUGCUAAUAAUGUUGUCUGAAUAAAGAAAGCAUUUUAUGGGAGAAUAAGAAAUUCAUAAUGCUGCAGCACCUCCAACAGCAAAACCAGCACCUCCAACAGCCAAACCCUCCACUUCAUCUCCUUAACCACCACCAUAAUCUACUUAAAUAAACAAUUCCACAGCCAUAAAUAAUGGCCCGACCAAAGAAUAAUUACAGGCAGCCAACCCAGCCAGAAAUAUAUGGCAAAGGUUAUUUGGACAGUUAGAUUCUGUUCAGAUUACUGCAGUUAUGAUUGUUAUUACAUCCAUUUUAAUAAUUUGA